AUGCCGGCCACAACUACUGCUGCUUCUUCUGAUGAUGGCGUAGUUUUCUGUCAUACUGGGCCAAGUCGUGUUGCACCAUCACUUUCAAGCUUUGUUUUGAAACUGGAAACCUAUUUGAGGAUGACCGAAAUCCCUUAUAAAGAAGAAGUUUCUUUAAAAAAAUCUCCAAAGGGAAAAAUACCAUUUGUUAAGAUUGAUGGAAAAGAUCUUGGUGAUACCAAUUUCAUUAUUCCAUAUUUGAAUAAAAAGUAUGAAAAAGACCUAGAUGCUUCUCUGAAUCUGCAGGAAAAAUCAAUAUCUUUAGCUUUCAAAAGAUUGAUUGAGGAAAACCUGUACUGGACAAUGGUGCAUUAUCGUUGGGUGGAAAAUUAUUCAUCAUUUUCGAAAAUAAUUCCUGUCACAGGCUUUUACAAGAAGAUUAUGCCAAUUGCGGGAGCCAUGAUCCUCAAACCAAAUGUUAAGUCUAAUCUGAAUGGUCAUGGAAUGGGACGCCACUCUGUAAAAGAGAUUCAUGAAAUUUCUGCCAAUGAUUUGAAAGCGUUGUCUGAUUACCUUGGUGAUAAACAAUUUUUCAUGGGUGAAAAUCCUACUGAAAUUGAUGCAAGUUUGUUUGGAUUGUUGGCUCAGUUCCGCUUCACAAUGCCCGAAAGCGAACAGGAAAAGUUGAUGAAGGAUGAUCUUAAGAACCUUGGUGAAUACACUGAUCGGAUGCGUGACAGAUACUUUUCAGACUGGGAGGAAAAAUUGCUACAAGAAAAAAAAAAAGUGGAAGAGGUUCCUGAAACAAAAAAGGCUGAGAGUGAAGGAGAGAAAAAUGGUUCUGGUGAUAAAGUGGAAGAAAAAGAGGAAAAGAAUGGUUCGGGUGAUAAAGUGGAAGAAAAUGAGGACAAGAAGGAGGAGGCUCCAAAAAAUGGGAGCAAGGUUGAGGAGGUAGCAGGUGCUCAAGAUGGAAAACAAGUGGAUGAAGAAAAACCUACUGAAGAAAAAAAAGAUGAAGCCUAA